AUCAUCAUCAUCAUCAUCAAUUCAUCAUCUUUCUUUUUCUCUUUAAUUUUUUUUUUCUUAAAUUUUUUAAGCUUUUAGCUAGGUUUGGAAGGAGACGUUUCCUCGUUUUUCAGCAGUUUGUAUCUUCUUCUGACACACUUUCAAAUCCCAAUUUUUAUUUUAUUUUAAAUAAAAAAUUAAAAUACAAACACUUGUCUCUCAUAAAAAAUUGGGCUGGCUGAAUCAAAUGAUUAAUUUUUUUGAGUGAGCAUCAAAUGAUGAUUUGAAAUAUGAGAGGGUCAAAUCAGAGAAGUUCCUAAUGUUGAUGUAUCGCAGUGAGAGAGUUGCAGAGAUUUUGGGGUCUGACAGAGGGGUUUCCCUUAUGUGAAGAGCCUGAUCAUCAAAAUCCCAUAGAUUUAUUCAUCAUUCAUUCAUACAGACAGUGCAGAUGAUCUUGAAGCACGUGCACACUCAAAUUUCCAUCACAACAGGUUCCAAUUAUAUAAAAACUAACACUACAAUCAAUUCUUCUCUCUCUUUCUUUCUCUAUCGGUCUCUCUCUAUUUCUAUAUAUAUAUAAAAGCCACACCCGUCCCCAUAUCCUACUCCCUUUCCCUCUUUCCUUCUUUCUUUCUUUCUUUCUUUCUCCUUCUUCUUCUUCUUCUAGAUGUCAUGUUCUUGCUCUAGAGGAUGAAGAAGUAAGAGUCUAUGAUCAACUACAAGAUCAAGACCUUAUAUUUUUUUUCUUCAAACUUCAAUUAUUGGAGUCAUGAAUUUGUAUAACAUAUAUUUUCAUCUUCAUUUGGUUCAGAAUUCCUCAUUCUUUUCUUGUCUGUUCGCUCCCAGCAGGCCAUCACUGAAAACUAAUCAUCACAGUUUCUUGUAAGACUCCCAUCGAUUUCAACUCUUUCUUUUGAUGGGUUGAUCAAGAAUUCCACACUAUCAUAAGUGCAGAGAACUUCUUUAAUUUUUCCAAGAAAACCAAUCCGAUGGCGACGUACUUUCAUGGGAAUCCGGAAAUCCCAGCAGAAGGCCUCCAAACCCUCGUCCUCAUGAACCCUGCUUAUGUCCAAUACUCUGACACUCCUCCACCACCACCUUCCAACAACCUCCUCUUUCUCAACUCCGCCACCAACAACCUUUCUCCAUCACCUCACCUCUCUCACGCGCCACCCAACGCCCAGCAGUUUGUCGGCAUCCCUUUGGACCCUAACUCCCAUGACGGUUCCACCUUGCAUGGACUUGUUCCACGAAUUCAUUACAAUCUCUACAACCCAAUUGACCUUUCGUCGGCUGCGCGUGAAACUCCACGCGCUCAGCAAGGACUCUCUUUAAGCCUUUCUUCGCAGCAGCAGCCGGGCUACAGGUCACAGGCUCAGGGGGUGUCAGGUGAAGAUAUGAGGGUCUCUGGUGGGUCAGUAUCCUCAGGUUCAGGCGUGACUAAUGGGGUGUCGGGUAUUCAAGGAGUGCUGUUGAGCUCCAAGUACUUGAAGGCUGCUCAGGAGCUCCUUGAUGAGGUUGUUAAUGUGAAUAAUGAUGGGAUUAAAAAUGAAUUGUCCAAAAAGGGUAAUGGGAUUAGUAGCAAUAAUAGCAACAAGGUGAUUGGAGAAUCAUCAGGUGGAGAUGGGUCAGCUGGAGGAGAUGCUGGUGGGAAGCGUGGAGCCGAGCUUACCACAGCGGAGAGGCAAGAAAUUCAGAUGAAGAAGGCCAAGCUUAUCAGCAUGCUUGAUGAGGUGGAGCAAAGGUACAGGCAGUACCACCACCAGAUGCAGAUAGUGAUUUCGUCAUUUGAGCAAGCCGCAGGAAUUGGUUCUGCGAAGACAUACACUGCUCUUGCACUGCAAACCAUCUCGAAGCAGUUCCGAUGCUUAAAAGAUGCAAUAACAGGUCAAAUCAAAGCUGCAAACAAGAGCCUAGGCGAAGAAGAUUGCCUUGGAGGAAAGCUUGAGGGUUCAAGGCUCAAAUUCGUCGAUCAUCACCUUCGACAACAACGAGCACUUCAACAGUUGGGAAUGAUCCAGCACAAUGCCUGGAGACCCCAGAGAGGAUUGCCUGAAAGAUCAGUUUCGGUCCUUCGUGCCUGGCUCUUCGAGCACUUUCUGCAUCCUUAUCCUAAAGAUUCUGAUAAGCAUAUGCUAGCCAAACAGACAGGGCUCACUAGGAGCCAGGUGUCUAAUUGGUUUAUAAAUGCUAGAGUUCGGCUUUGGAAGCCAAUGGUAGAAGAGAUGUACAUGGAGGAAAUUAAGGAGCAAGAAAGGAACGGAUCAGAGGACAAAACAAGCAAAAGCGAACAGAACGAAAAUUCAGCUUCGAGAUCUGUUCUUCAAGAGAAGGGUUCAGUUAAUGAGAAUCAGACUAAAAGUUUCAAGUCCUUGAACAGUUCUCUAAACCAGAAUGCUCCUGCAAUUUCAAUAUCUACAGCUUCAACAUCCCCUGUGGCAGGAAAUGUACGAAACCACUCCGGAUUCUCCUUCAUAGGGUCAUCAGAAUUGGAAGGGAUCACACGAGGAAGUCCAAAGAGGCCUAGAAGCACGGAAUUGAUCCAAUCCCCAACUGGUGUCCCCUCCAUAAACAUGGAUGUGAAGCCUGGCGAGACAAACGAGCAGGUUUCAAUGAAGUUUGGCAAUGAGAGGCAGAGUAGGGAUGGCUACUCAUUCAUUGGGGGCCAGACCAACUUCAUUGGAGGUUUCGGGCAAUACCCAAUUGGAGAACUUGGAAGGUUUGAUACAGAACAGUUCACACCAAGGUUUUCUGGUAAUGCCGUUUCUCUCACUCUUGGUCUUCCCCACUGUGAAAAUCUCUCCUUAUCAGGCACCCACCAAAGUUUUCUUCCCAACCAGAACAUUCAAUUGGGAAGAAGAGUAGAAAUUGGCGAACUGAAUGAGUUUGGAGGCAUUAGCGCAUCGACACCUCAUUCUUCCACUGCAUACGACAGCAUCAACAUUCAGAACCGAAAGAGGUUUGCAGCACAACUGCUGCCAGACUUUGUGGCCUGAUGACUAGGACAAGGCCAUGAAGAACUCACUAAUGGAUGAAGUUUCAUGGAUUCAGGAUCUCUUCACACUAUUUCUUGCUGUUCCAACCAUUUGUAGGAACAAGGAUAAUGCAUGGUAGUGUAAAGAAAGAAGAAAUUUCAAAUAGUAUAGGUCUAUACUUUGGCAUAGAACCAUUUGAGUUCUUAGACAGCUUAGGAUUUGAAAGUAUAUGGGUUGAGGAUUGUAUAUUAUUUUUGUAAGUUUUGAAGAUGGAUAGAUGGAUUGAUGUCAUAAGAAUUAGUUAUUGGGGUAUACUAAUAUUAUAUUGAUUGUGAGCAAA